AAUGGCUGUUAUCGAUGGAAGAGCCAUCUGACGUGGCAAUACAUAAAAGUUUCCCGUGUGAUUGAGUCCCGUCUGCCUAUAUACGUGGUUCUGUCCAGUUCCGUUGACCGCUUGCGAUAUUUUGGCAAUGAACGGGACAUUUUCUCGUUUACAUCUCGCCUAAUUUAUCAUCAGUUUACGCUUAAUGUUUGAACGGAUCUCUUUGACAUUACGCAGUCUAACAUGGCAUGGAGUAGAUUAGUUCUUGUUUUGCUAGCUCUGACCCUCGUCUGUGGAGAUGAACACAAUCAUGUCUACGAAGAUAACGAUGAGGUAGUAUUAUGGAUGAGCACGGUGGGACCAUACCACAACCGACAAGAGACUUACUCGUAUUUCUCUUUGCCAUUUUGUGUUGGAUCAAAGGCAGUGAUCAGCCAUUACCAUGAAACGUUAUCGGAGGCACUCCAAGGCAUCGAGCUGGAGUUUAGUGGAUUGGAUAUAGAGUUUAAAGCGGACAUUUCCAAGACUGAGUAUUGCGAAAUUGCGCUGAAUGAAAAAAAUCAAAAGGCUUUCGUUUACGCCGUGAAAAAUCAAUAUUGGUAUCAAAUGUAUAUCGAUGAUCUACCAGUAUGGGGAGUUGUUGGCGAAGCUGAAGAAAACAACGAUGUGGUUUCCUAUUAUAUUUGGACACACAAAAAAUUGGAUAUUGGAUACAAUGGAAAGCAAAUCGUAGACGUCAAUCUCACCAGUGAGAACAAAGUCAAAUUAACACAGGGUGCUCGUAUUCCUCUCAGUUACGAAGUCAAUUGGAAGCAGAGCAAAGUAAAGUUUGAAGACAGAUUUGAUAAGUACUUGGAUCCCAAUUUUUUCCAACAUAGGAUUCAUUGGUUUAGCAUUUUCAACAGUUUUAUGAUGGUAAUCUUCCUGGUUGGUUUGGUCUCGAUGAUAUUGAUGCGUACGUUACGGAAAGAUUAUGCAAGAUAUAGCAGAGAUGAGGAAAUGGAUGACAUGGAAAGGGAUUUGGGAGACGAGUAUGGGUGGAAACAAGUACAUGGAGAUGUAUUCAGACCUGCAGGACAUCCGAUAAUAUUUUCAGCACUUGUUGGUGCAGGAUAUCAGGUUACCGUAGUAGUGCUUAGCGUUAUCAUUUUCGCUAUACUUGGAGAAUUGUACACAGAACGUGGGUCGAUGUUAUCCACAGCAAUAUUUGUUUACGCGGCAACAUCGCCUGUGAACGGAUAUGCUGGAGGAGGUUUAUAUGCUAGAAUGGGAGGCAGAAUAUGGAUAAAGCAAAUGGUACUAAGUGCAUUCCUGUUGCCUGUAUUGGUAUGCGGAACUGCUUUCUUCAUAAACUUUAUAGCCAUGUACUACCAUGCCAGUCGCGCCAUUCCAUUUGGGUCUAUGGUGGCAGUCACGUGCAUUUGUAUAUUCGUUAUCUUACCGUUGACGCUCGUGGGAACCAUCCUGGGACGCAACCUGGCUGGUACGCCAGAUGCUCCGUGUAGAGUGAACGCAGUCCCGAGACCUAUACCGGAGAAAAAGUGGUUUAUGGAACCACUAGUCAUCAUUACACUUGGUGGAAUUUUACCUUUCGGUUCCAUAUUUAUUGAAAUGUAUUUCAUCUUCACAUCAUUUUGGGCAUACAAAAUCUAUUACGUUUAUGGGUUUAUGUUAUUAGUAUUCGUUAUUCUGAUGAUCGUCACUGUCUGCGUAACAAUUGUCUGCACAUACUUCUUGUUGAAUGCCGAAGACUACAGAUGGCAAUGGACAAGUUUCUUGGCAGCCGGUUCUACAGCUGGAUACGUCUACGUGUAUUCGUUCUAUUAUUUCUUCUUCAAAACAAAAAUGUACGGGCUAUUUCAGACAGCAUUUUACUUUGGUUACAUGGCUCUCUUCAGUUUAGCAUUGGGUAUCAUGUGCGGUACGGUAGGAUACAUUGGUACAAAUGCAUUUGUGCGCAAAAUUUACUCUACAGUGAAGAUAGAUUGAGCCAAAUUUCUAGUAAUUAAAGAGGUGUAUGAGGAUACCGUUUACUAAGUCACUGCUUAUUUUAGUUCUUUAAUAAACAGUGAUUUAGCAAAGACAAAAUUAGUUGCUCAACUUUGGUUGAUGCAAAGUAUGUGAAAAUGACAGGCAAGAAUCUUAAACGCCACAAGAGCAUUUGGAUUUUGAGUAAUUUUCCUUCUCAAAAUUUCAAUCAUUUAAAAACUUAUACAUACGUGGAUUCACUACCCCAGUUAUGCAAUAGUUAUCAGUUGAAACUUCGCAGGAC